UCAAGGGAGGUGUGGUUAUGUUUAUUAGCAAUAAAAUGGCGACCGUUCUUGGGCCAGAAAAUGAUAUCUUGUGGCUCUCAAAGCCUGCCCGUGUCAACAGUCACUUAUUUAUAAUCCCCAGCACAAAGAACAAGGCUUUUCAACACUUUUUACAAAAGUACACUUUCAAAGAAGUCAGCGAGUUCAUCAAAGAUGGUGCCAGUGAAAAUGGCGGGAUUUUUGGACGGAUAAUCUCACACACGACUCCUCCACCCAGCCCUUCUUUGGCUGGCAGAGGGAAAGGAAGGCCUUCCUUAAGCCUGUCUCUACAGGACGUACAAACAUCAGACACAGUUGAUAUUAUUUUCAAAGGCGAUUCAGCAAUUCGCUUCCCAUCAGUUAAAUACGCAUUACUCUAUGUGUAUGGCGGUAGGAGAGUGGUGGGGGCUGAUGGAGACAUUAGUUUAGUGUGUUCCGACUCGUCUAGUGAUCUGCUUUGUUAUCUUAUCAACCGUUGGGCAUACAAGAGACAAUCUGUCCCCUCCCCUUCCCCCUCUCCAAGAAGAAGACCAAGAUCGCCAGACCUGCUACCAUCACACUCUCCUCCUCCUCCUUCUACGUCCACUCCAUCUACAUCUACCGCUCCUCCUCCUAAAGCUGCUAAAAUAGUCUCUCCUGUUUCAAAAGAUUCACGUCGUCAAAAACCCGACACUUUUAAAACUGUAACCACUUCCAACAAUACAAACCCUUCCUUACCUGCUACUGCUGACUAUGAAUAUACUAAACUAAAUGAAUUGGACCAACUCCCAGAUAAAAGUAGGGUCAAUUUAGCUGGUGUCAUAUCGUUUUUCAAACCUUCACAGCGCUCGAAAGGUACUGAUUACUUUGUUUCGUUCACUCUUACUGAUAGUACUAUUAAUGCUACUAGCCCUAUCAAUGUCAUUGCAUUCCGUAAGGACGAGAGUGAAUUACCUAAUUUUCGUAAAGUUGGAGACGUUGUGUUGCUCCGACGUGUCGAAGUUGGCUCUUAUAAUAAUCUUCCUCAAAUCAAGUCAAAGAAUUAUUCUUCUUUCCACAUCUUUGAUGGUUACUCCUCAACUGAUGUUCCAUACAGCAGCUCCCGUAAUGCAUCAUUGUCCAAUAGUGAAAAGAAGAUUGUUGAGAGUUUGAGACAAUGGAAGGACUCGCUGUCCGAGUUUCAGUUCUGUCAGCUCAAAGACAUCAAGUUUGAGUCUUUAUCUAAUAUCAAGUGUUACGUUGUGUCUGUGAGUAAACUUAUACCGGAUAAACUCUUGUCUCUUUCUGUUUGGGAUGGAACUAUACCUUUCUCUAGCUCUCCCUCCUCCUCCUCCUCUUCUGAUGGUGAUGAUUCAUUGUGCAUCGUGUUUCUAUUCCUCAAACCAAACUUUCCCUUGAGUACUAGUGACGUUACUCCUGGUACUUGUCUCUCGUUAAGAGAGGUCUUUGCUCAGAGAGUAUUCCAUGCACUAGAUACUGCUGGGAACUCUUCAUCUUCAGUUCAUUUGUUGUUCGAUUAUUUCGAUCACGACAAAUUGUCUGUCCUACAGAAGGACGAUCCAGACGCAGUCUCCCUCACUCAGUCAUUUACCAGUACUGGGAUCACAUCUCUCCCGGUUAUUGAGGAAAGGGUUUACCCUCACUUGUCUGCCAUGACCCUACAUGUAUCACACAAACUCACACCACUGGCUGAUAUUCUGAUAGUCUCUUCUCCUGAGCCAUACAACCAUCGCUGUCUUGUCGAAGUGGUUGGUAUUGAUGCUCGUCACAUCAAUGACACAAUAAUCCUAGUCUGUCCUAGCUGUAGGUCCCAGUUCUCAUUGACUAAUGGCACUAAUGGAAUGGGCUCUCAGUGUCCUUCGUGUAUUGAGAGUACUCCACCAGUGACCUCUCUCUUAAUGAUUGAGUAUGAGUUUGUGUUGAGUGUCAGAGAUCAGACUGGGGAGCUAUCUGUGCUGGUUAGGGCUGAAGAGGGAGAGAAGCUCAUGCAAGUCAAACCCUCAAACUUCCACAUGGAUAAGCUCGGGGCUGGGCUGGCUCACGAGAGGUUGAAGCUGCUGUUUGGAUGUGAUCCGUUUCAAGCGUGCAUUGAAGGAGAUCCAGGACUGAUGGACUGCUCCAUUAACAGUGUUCCCUCUCAAGAUGGAUCCAGCAUAGUCUAUUGUUUAUUUGAUACAUAUAUUAUUAGUGAAUCAAAUGAAUCAAGCGAUUUGCCUUAAAUAUA